AUGGGUCUGGUGAACAAUGCGUUUCAACCAGAGGAUUUGGAAAUUCUAGGGUUUUCACACACCGGAUACUCAACCACUGGGAUAUCUGAACUCCAGAACUGUCAGCCUUUUGUUGUGGAAACUCUCCAUGGAAAGAUUGCAGUCGCCCGUAACGGAGAGCUUGUUAAUGCUCAAAACCUGCGCAGAAAGGUAAUGCUACAUGGAGUAGGGCUGUCGACCAGCUCAGACAGUGAACUUGUAACCCAGUUGCUGGCCUUGACGCCCCCAUUUGAGAUGGAUGCACCUGAUUGGGUUGCAAGGUAAUAAUUCUGAGAGAGAAAUGCAUAGUAAAAAUGUUUGAAAAACCUAAUUUGACAAAUUCCUACUUCGUAUUCUUUACUUGUAGUGCACAAAGAUGUAACCCACAAAGAUGUAAGAGGUAAUUGUCCUCUUAGCAUUGGUCGUCUUGUUCCGAUUUCUAAGCUGCACAGCUCAUGUAUUUACACAUACCAGACUGUAUCUUGGGUUGUUUCUUCUGAAUCUUGCAGUUUUCAGUCCAAUGGGGCCAGGUAUUUCCGGGAAGUUCUGCCGGGAGAGAUUGUACAGAUUUCAAAACAUGUGAUUCAAACCUUGAGCAUUGUGCCCAGGCCAGAAGGAGACCUUCCAGCCUUUUGUAUUUUUGAGUAUGUUUAUUUUGCAAGACCAGACUCGUUAUUUGAAGGUCAGAUGGUGUAUACUGUAAGGCAGCGCUGUGGACGUCAGCUUGCCCUUGAAGCCCCAGUAGAUGCAGAUGUGGUCAGCACGGUUCCUGAAUCUGCCACUCCAGCCACAUUGGGCUGUGCUCAACAGUCUGGGCUGCCUUACGUGGACGUUCUUUGCAAAAACCGAUAUGUGGGAAGAAUAAGUGCCUUAACUGAUAACUUUGCAGGAAAAAGUUUUGUGCUCAUUGAUGACUCCAUAGUAAGAGGGAAUACAAUCUCUCCCAUCAUCAAGUUACUGAAAGAAGCCGGUGCUAAAGAGGUGCACAUCCGUGUGGCAUCCCCAACCAUUGGAUUCCCCUGUUACAUGGGGAUCAGUAUUUCAACCAAAGAGGAGCUCAUCGCCAACAGACCUGAAUUUGAGGACAUUGCUAGCUACAUAGAUCCACCAGCAGAAGUGAUCACCAAUCUUAAAAGUUUGUUUUCAGAGGUUGGCAUCCCGUUUUCAGAAGAGAAAACAAUCGGCCCCUUCAUUCACUGGAAUUUCUAG